AUGUCAACCUUCGACAAGACAGACGUCCUAGAGACGGUCGAGCCUGGAACUGACUCUGCCGAUUCCAUCGUUCACGAUGCGAAGGCACCAGGCUAUUCGGAGAAGAACGUCGUGCAGGCGUAUCCAACCGCAACUGUCGACGGCCAUGGUACAUCGCUGAGGCGACUCUUCAGUUUCGCCCAGCUUCUUGCCUUCUCCUUGACUUUCAUGGAGUCCUGGGAAGUCAUGGCCAUUAACAUCUCCGCCACCUUCUGGAACGGCGGGCCGCAAUCACUCAUCUGGGGCUGCAUUGCUGUUGUCAUCGGUUCUCUUGCCCAAGCGUACUCGAUGGCCGAACUGGGCUCGAUCCUCCCGAUAGCCGGCGCUCAGUACCAUUGGACGCAUAUCAUGGCGCCCGACGGCUCGAGGAAGUUCAUUACCUGGAUGCAAGGUUGGGUGACAUGGUUUGCCUGGGUGUCGGCUCUCGCUGGAAGUACCUCUGGCGAAGCUGCCCUCUUACAAGCCCUGAUUGCAGAGAACGUGCCGGGGUAUACAGCCCAGAGAUGGCAUUUGACGUUCAUCAUGUGGGCGCUACUGAUCAGCAGCGGGCUCAUCAACACGUACACUUUCUGGCUUGUCCCCUGGCUGGAGCUGGCCUCCGGCAUUCUGCACGUUAUCCUGUUUGUCAUCUUCGUCGUUGUCCUGACGGCCCUGGCGCCAACCAAGCACGACUCGCACUUUGUCUUCUUCACCGACUCGGUCUUGUCCGGUUGGGAUCGGAGCAGCUUUGUCGCGUUCAAUUUGGGCAUGCUGGUGCCCGCUUGGGGGUUUAUCGGAUUUGAUGGCGUUGUCCACAUGUCUGAAGAAGUUCGUCGAGCGAAACAUGCGGUUCCGCGCUCCAUGAUCUUGACCAUCGUGAUCAACGGUGUCAUGGCAUUCAGCAUCAUCUUGGUCCUGCUCUACUGCUUGGGCAACCUCGACGAUGCGCUGGACGCGUCCUAUCCUAUUAUCCCCAUAUGCCUGAAUGCUACGGGCUCAAUGGCGGCCGCGAAUGCAAUGGUUUCUGGGCUGAUCAUAAUCACCUACUUCGUGGUCGCUGCCAGCGUCGCUUCGGUUUCACGCAUUACCUGGGCCUGGGCUCGAGACGGCGCUCUGCUGCGAUGGCUUGCGGUUAUUGACCGCAAACGUCACGUCCCGACGAACGCAACUUGGCUCCCGAUCGUCAUUGUCUGCCUUCUCUCCCUCUUCGAGAUCGGAUCAACGACAGGGACCGCCUUCAGUGCCUUCACCGCCCUCUCCUCCCUAGGUCUGUACACCUCAUACAUCAUCGCCAUCUCCUGCAUCUUGCACGCCCGCCUCACAGGCCGCCUGUCCGACAAGUCCGGCGCGAUCGUGAACUAUGGCAGUUGGCGUAUGUGGAAAGGCUGGGGCACGCCGGUCAACAUCUUCGCUCUGGUUUGGACGAUUUAUCUAACUGUAUGGCUACCCUUCCCGACUACAUUGCCCGUCACAGGCACGAACAUGAAUUACGCGUUGCCGAUCUAUGCGUUUGUGGUGCUGUGCUCGCUGGGAUAUUGGUUUGUUUGGGGCGAGAGGCAUUGGCCCGGGCUGAACUUGGCGGCAAUAGGAAUGGUCGAGGCGCAUGAAUAG